UUUCUAUAUCUGGGGUUUACCGCUCCCUCAGAUUGACUAAGCUCACUUUCUGGACCCGCUGACGUCACACUGAUUACCGAGUCAGGGAGAGCGAAUAGUUCCCAGUUACGGUCACUUUAUUAUUGCCAUUAAGGAGUGUUAGCCAGAGUAGGCGGCAGGGAGGAGCCCGCACACAGGAACUGCUCUCCUCAUCCUGUUUCCUCCCUCUGAUCUCGGGCUGGGAUAAAUUGGAAUUUGUGAGUUGGGACAAAGCGCCUGUCCGUGGCUUGAGGCCGCCCUUUACCCCCAGUCCUGGUCUUCGUUGUCGAGUUCGACAUCGUAGCAGAGAUGACUUUAAAUACAGCAAACGUGAACUUCAAAUGGGACCCAAAAAGUUUGGAAAUUCGAACAUUGGCAGUUGAAAGACUGCUUGAGCCUCUAGUUACUCAGGUAACAACUUUGGUGAAUACAAGUAAUAAAGGACCGUCCAAUAAGAAGAAAGGUCGGUCAAAGAAAGCUCAUGUUCUGGCCUCUUCAGUUGAACAAGCCACACUGAAUUUCCUGGAGAAAGGAGAUAAAAUUGCAAAGGAAAGCCAGUUUCUCAAAGAGGAAUUAGUUGCAGCUGUUGAUGAUGUUCGUAAACAAGGAGAGUCGAUGAAGAGUGCUUCUGGAGAGUUUGCUGAUGAUCCCUGCUCUUCAGUGAAACGUGGAAAUAUGGUUCGAGCUGCACGUGCCCUGUUAUCUGCAGUCACAAGAUUGCUUAUUUUGGCUGACAUGGCAGAUGUGUAUAAACUACUUGUACAGCUGAAAGUGGUGGAAGAGGGAAUUGCCAAACUAAGAAACGCUGGCACUGAGCAAGACUUGGGUAUACAGUACAAGGCAUUAAAGGCAGAAGUGGACAAAUUAAAUGUAAUGACUGCAAAACGACAACAGGAACUGAAGGAUGUGGGACACAGGGAUCAGAUGGCUGCUGCCCGUGGCAUUUUGCAAAAGAACAUUCCAAUACUGUACACUGCUUCACAGGCAUGCCUGCAGCAUCCUGAUGUUGCUGCUUACAAGGCCAAUAGAGAUUUGAUCUACAAACAGCUUCAACAGGCUGUCAAUGGAAUCUCAAAUGCAGCUCAAGCCACAGCAUCUGAGGAAGUUGGGCAGCAACAAGGAGGUGGAGAGCUAGCCAUUGCAUUGAACAAUUUUGAUAAACAAAUUAUUGUGGAUCCUCUUGGCUUCAGUGAAGAAAGAUUUAGACCUUCGCUGGAGGAACGUCUAGAGAGCAUAAUUAGUGGUGCUGCCCUAAUGGCGGAUUCAUCUUGCACUCGUGAUGACCGUCGGGAACGCAUAGUUGCUGAAUGUAAUUCGGUUCGACAAGCUUUGCAGGAUCUUCUUUCUGAAUAUAUGGGAAAUACUGGCCGCAAAGAAAGAAGCGACACCCUAAAUUCUGCAAUUGAGAAAAUGACGAAGAAAACCAGGGACUUGCGCAGACAGCUCCGUAAAGCUGUUAUGGACCAUGUCUCUGAUUCUUUCCUGGAAACAAAUGUACCUCUGCUUGUUCUAAUUGAAGCCGCAAAGAAUGGGAAUGAGAAGGAAGUAAAGGAAUAUGCACAAGUAUUUCGUGAACAUGCCAAUAAGUUGAUUGAGGUGGCUAAUUUGGCAUGCUCAAUAUCCAAUAAUGAAGAAGGUGUCAAGCUUGUUCGCAUGUCGGCUAAUCAACUUGAAGCGCUCUGUCCUCAGGUAAUCAAUGCAGCAUUGGCAUUAGCAGCAAAACCAAACAGCAAGCUGGCACAAGAGACUAUGGAUCUUUUCAAAGAACAAUGGGAAAAGCAAGUUCGUGUUCUGACUGAUGCUGUUGACGACAUUACUUCAAUUGAUGACUUCUUGGCCGUCUCAGAGAAUCAUAUUUUGGAAGAUGUCAAUAAAUGUGUUAUAGCUCUUCAAGAGAAAGAUAUAGAUGGCUUGGAUCGAACAGCUGGUGCAAUUCGUGGACGUGCCGCAAGAGUCAUACAUGUUGUCACUUCAGAAAUGGAUAACUAUGAACCUGGAAUAUAUACUGAAAAGGUUCUCGAGGCCACCAAGCUGUUAUCAAACACUGUUAUGCCACGUUUCACGGAACAAGUUGAAGCUGCAGUGGAAGCCCUCAGCGGAGAGUCUAAUCUGCCAGUGGAUGAAAAUGAAUUUAUUGAUGCAUCAAGAUUAGUAUAUGAUGGAAUUCGUGACAUUCGGAAAGCUGUACUGAUGAUCAGAACCCCUGAUGAGUUGGAUGAUUCGGACUUUGAGCCAGAUGACUUUGAUGCCAGGAGCAGAACCAGUGUACAGACUGCAGAUGAUCAGCUUAUUGCUGGACAAAGUGCACGGGCAAUCAUGGCUCAGCUUCCUCAAGAACAAAAGGCUAAAAUUGCCGAGCAAGUUGCUAGCUUCCAAGAAGAAAAGAGUAAACUGGAUGCUGAAGUGUCAAAAUGGGAUGAUAGCGGAAAUGAUAUAAUUGUUCUGGCCAAGCAGAUGUGUAUGAUCAUGAUGGAGAUGACUGAUUUCACAAGAGGAAAAGGACCCCUUAAAAAUACAUCAGAUGUAAUUAGUGCUGCCAAGAAAAUAGCAGAAGCUGGAUCACGAAUGGAUAAGUUGGGCCGUACCAUUGCUGACCAUUGUCCCGAUUCUUCCUGCAAGCAAGAUCUUGUAGUAUAUUUGGAACGCAUUGCCUUGUAUUGCCAUCAAUUAAAUAUAUGUAGCAAAGUUAAGGCUGAAGUUCAGAAUCUUGGAGGAGAACUUGUGGUAUCAGGAGUUGAUAGUGCUAUGUCCCUCAUUCAAGCUGCUAAAAAUCUGAUGAAUGCUGUAGUGCAAACCGUUAAAGCUUCAUAUGUAGCUUCUACGAAAUACCAGAAGUCACAAGGAAUGGCAUCUUUGAAUCUUCCAGCAGUUUCAUGGAAAAUGAAGGCUCCAGAGAAGAAGCCUCUUGUCAAAAGAGAGAAGCAGGAUGAAACCCAAACAAAAAUAAAACGGGCAUCCCAGAAGAAACAUGUUAAUCCUGUUCAGGCUCUCAGUGAAUUUAAGGCAAUGGAAAGCAUAUAAAUCUAUAUUUAACUCUACAUAUUCAUGCUUCCAAUGUUGCUUUUGUUUUUUCUUCUAAAGUUUUAAGACUCACAAAUUUUUGCAAAAUGUAAAUUAAAAUUUCCAAAAUAUAAAAGAACAUUUCUAUUGACUUUUCUUGCAGAACUAAUUAGAAAACUUUUGGAAUAGUUUUUAUAGCAAUCUUACAGUUUUAUGUGCGUGUGUAAUCUAUUAAUUUUUACUCAAGAUGGGUGUGUUUCUAUUUUGCAAAUUGCUAUGGUAUGAGGUUAUUACUGCCACACAUUGUUUCUAAAAAAUUUUUUUUCUUUUUCUUAAGGAUAUACAUAUUGAGCUUUACAAUGCAUUUCAAAUCUCUUUUGCAAGAUUAUGUAGCUGCUGUGUAUUUUUGGUUAAUAAAGUCCUUUUAUAGUUAA